AGUCAGUCGCUCGGUGGCCGGCCGGUGAGGCGAAAGUGGUCGGCUUAAUUAUCAGUUCCAGCUCCUUACAUAACCGUUAAGACAUCCUUGAGUGUUACUUCUUUGGAGGACUUACGCAGACCUGAACUCUAGUGUGUUUGAUUUUUUGAAUAUUCUGAAGUGAUUUAAGUUAAAUUAUAAAUAGUUAUACAACUUGUUACCUCAAUUUUUAUUUUUAUAUUCAAAAGUCUUAUCGCACAAUGUAUGUGCAAUUUACUACACUAGCACUUUGCGGCUGGAAUUGUAUUGCUUUAAAAGUUCACGAACUGUGAAAAGUGGCACAUGUGUGGUGGGUGUAGAAUCUCCGCAAAAGUGUCAUAUUCUCUAGAACUGGUUUGGUGAGCUCUGGGUUUCGUAUUACGUAUGCGAUGCUGCGGUGCGGUGACGAGAGACAUGUCAGCAUGUGCUCGGGAUAGUGCACUUAAGUGACCUAGAACAGCAACAAUGCAACAUUUAUAAAUUUUUAUGAAUUUAGUUUUUUUUGCAAGUUUUCAUAGUUUCCUUCUUUUUGAAAUUUUAAUUUAGAAAAGUGUAAUAGCUUGGUUGAGAAAGUGCGCUUACAAAUUUUUCAAAGCUUAAACAGUACACUUUAUAAAUUAGUGUUCGUACUUCUGAAGAUUUUUUUUUGUACGCACCCUCCCGAAAAUUGUAGACUUGUGAGAACGUGUGAACUUCAAACAAUGCUCCAGUUUUUACCAUACAGCCCGUCGGGUCCUAAGUCCCAGAUACCUGCAGAAUCGUGGAAAGACCGUUUCAGGAAAGAAAAGAAAUUUGCAGCGGAACAUGUUCGCCGGUUUCAGCAGUGGGCUGUAGUGACAGAGUUCCUAGUACUGUAUAAUGCUGGUGCGAGGGUAUGGAUCAAACACCCGGAGAAGGUUUGGGAAGGAGCGGAGGUGGUGGACGACUACAAAGGAAAAGUACUCAAAGUCAUUACAGAAGACAAUGGAAACGUCAUAGAGCUUCCUAUCGCGAGCGACGAGAACUUGCCGCCGCUGCGUAACCCGGACAUCCUGAUCGGCGAGAACGACCUGACCUCGCUGUCGUACCUCCACGAGCCGGCGGUGAUGUACAACCUGCAGGUGCGGUUCUGCAUGCACAGUGCUAUCUACACGUACUGCGGUAUUGUGCUGGUGGCAAUCAACCCUUACGAUGAUCUGCCUAUCUAUGGAGCAGACACGAUAUGGGCCUAUAGGGGCCAGUCAAUGGGAGACUUGGACCCUCAUAUAUUCGCUGUUGCAGAAGAGGCGUACACAAAGCUAGAAAGGGAGCAGAGGGAUCAGUCUGUUAUUGUCUCCGGGGAGUCUGGCGCGGGGAAGACAGUGUCCGCCAAGUACGCCAUGCGCUACUUUGCUACGGUGGGCGGGUCAGCGGAGGAGACGUCCGUGGAGAAGAAGGUCUUGGCAUCCAACCCCAUCAUGGAGGCCAUAGGCAAUGCUAAGACGACUCGCAAUGACAACAGCUCAAGAUUUGGAAAGUUCAUCGAAAUACACUUCAACAAGAAGUACCACAUCCAGGGUGCGAGUAUGCGGACAUACUUGCUGGAAAAGUCUAGGGUGGUUUUUCAGGCGCCAGAUGAACGGAACUACCACAUUUUCUACCAGUUGUGUGCUGCACGCCAAAAUUUUCCUCACCUGAAAUUGGCUCAUCAGGACAACUUCCACUACCUGAACCAAGGCCAGAGCCCGGACAUCGACGACGUCAGCGACGCGGAGAUGUUCGGAGUGACGCGCGAGGCGCUGAGCAAGCUGGGCUUCUCCGGGGAGCAGCAAGGGAACGUGUGGAGGAUCCUGGCGGCCGUCCUGCACCUCGGCAACGUGGACAUCGAGGACGCUGCCGGGCAGCAGGGCGGGGACGGCGAUGGCAGCGCCAUCAAGGCAGAUGACCACCAUCUGUUAACUCUCUGUGAUCUGCUGGAGUUGACUGCAGCUGACUUGAGAAGUUGGCUGUGCAACAGGAAAAUAGUCAGCAUGAGGGAUGUGAUAUUCAAAAAUAUGACUGUCGACGAGGCAGUAAGAGCCAGGGAUGCCCUUGCGAAGCACAUGUAUGCAGAACUUUUCAAUUGGAUUGUGACUGUGAUCAACAAAUCUUUGGAAUCAUCGGGAAAAUCCCAAAGUUUCAUUGGAGUCCUCGACAUAUAUGGCUUUGAGACGUUUGAAAUUAAUAGCUUUGAACAAUUCUGCAUCAAUUAUGCAAAUGAAAAAUUGCAACAACAGUUUAACCAGCAUGUAUUUAAGCUCGAGCAAGAAGAGUACUUAAAAGAGGAGAUUGAAUGGAAGUUCAUAGAUUUCUACGACAACCAGCCUUGCAUCGACUUGAUCGAGACAAAGCUUGGCAUUCUCGAUCUUCUGGAUGAGGAGUGCCGUAUGCCAAACGGGUCGGACACUACGUGGACAGAGAAGCUGUACAGCAAGUGCUCGAAGUGGACGCACUUCGCGAGACCCAGGUUUGGUGCUGUGGCGUUCGUGAUCCACCACUUCGCAGACAACGUGACGUACCAGAGUGACGGCUUCCUGGAGAAGAACCGCGACACUGUGCUGGAAGAUCAGAUCAGUGUCCUCAAGAGUAGCAAGAACAAGCUGGUGAGAAUGCUCUUCAGGGAUGAAUCUGACGAGAGAAGACUGACAGUUCCUGCUACAAAGGUGAAAGUGAUUCCUACGAAGCCAUCUCACACUGUCCCUUCAAAGCAGCAUAAGAAAACUGUUGGUUCGCAGUUCAGAGACUCGCUCAACAUGCUGAUGGCUACGCUGAACGCCACCACGCCCCACUACGUACGCUGCAUCAAGCCCAACGACUUCAAGAAGCCGUUCGAGUACAACCCCAUGCGAGCGGUGCAGCAGCUGAGGGCUUGCGGCGUCCUGGAGACCAUCAGGAUCAGCGCGGCUGGCUUCCCGUCAAGAUGGACAUAUGCAGAUUUCUUCCAGCGAUACAGGGUGUUGUGCAAGUACAAAGACAUUAAAAGGAACAACAUGAAGGCCACGUGUGAAAACAUUCUUGGCAACAAUAUUCAAGAUCCAGACAAGUUCAAAUUUGGGAAAACCAAGAUUUUCUUCCGGGCCGGCCAAGUGGCGUACCUAGAAAAGUUACGUGCGGACAAGUUGCGAGCCUGCUGCAUAAUAAUUCAGAAGCAAGUGCGAGCGUUCAUCUGUCGUAAACAGUACUUGCGCAAGUUGUAUGCAAUUCGCUGCCUGCAGCGCUACGCUAGGGGAUUCAUUGCCAGGCGGCGUGCCCAGCACAUGAGGCAGGAGCGCGCUGCCGUCACCAUCCAGAGGCACGUGCGCGGCUGGGUGAAGCGGACCCAGUACGCCAGGAUAAAGAAGUGCGUGCUCGGGAUCCAGAAGUAUGCGCGGGGCUUGCUGGCGAGGAGGCGCUACCAGCUGCUGCUUCUCAACCACAAGGCGACGGUCAUACAGAAGCACGUGCGCGGCUGGCUGGCGCGCAGGCGGUACCGGCACGCGAGGCGCUGCGUCGUCGUCGCGCAGUCGGCCGUGCGGCGCUGGCUGGCCCGGAGACAGCUCAAGAGGCUGAAGCAGGAGGCGCGCUCGGUCGAGCACGUCAAGAAGCUCAACAAGGGCCUGGAGAACAAGAUCAUCUCGUUGCAGCACAGGAUAGAGGAGCUGGCGAAGGAGAACGGCGGCCUGCGGUCGGCGCAGCAGGAGCUGGCGGAGCUGCGCUCCCGGCUGGAGUCCCAGCGGGCGCUGGAGGCGGAGUCCCGGCAGCUGGCCGCCCGGCUGGCCCGGGCCGAGGCAGACCUGCUCUCCCUGCGGGAGCAGGUCCUGCGGGAGCAGAGCGAGAAGAUGGACCUGCUGAGCCAGAGGGAGUCGGAGCGGGCGGCCCGGCUAGAGGCGGAGGAGCGCCUCGGCGGGGAGAACGCCCGCCUCAGGUCCCAGCUGGACGAGCUCGGCGAGAGGAUCAAGUCCAGCCAGAUCGGGGCCGAGGAGACGAUGAAGGCCCGGCUGGAGCAGGAGAAGCUGUUCCUGAUCUCGGAGCAGGACCAGGACCGCGACGCGUACCAGAAGCUGCUGGCGGAGUUCCACGGGCUGGAGCAGCGGUGCGAGGAGAUGGCGGGAGAGCUGGCCCGCUACCAGCGGGGCGGCGCGGACGCGGCGGGCGCCAGGAGGGGACACCAGCGCUCCCUGUCGGACACCAGCACGCUCAGCGCGCAGGACGACGCAGCCAGCGCCACGUCCGAGCUGCCCGAGGACGACUUUGGUUAUGGCUCUGUCAGGUCGACAAUGAGUGCCUCAACAAUAAGCAGUAACCACACACGGCUUGAGAAUAUCGACUGGAACAGGAAAUCAGAAGUUGCCAGCCCUGAUGCGAAGUCUGCUCAAAAUGAUCAAAUUGAUGUGGGCCUCGUGCUGAAGCUUCAGCAUAAGCUGAAGGAUCUCGAGAAGGAAAGAAACAAGCUGCUGAAGAGAGUGGAGCACCUGGAGCGUGACGAGAGCCCGGGUGACGAGAUGGCAAGAACGCGAGACACCUUCAAGUUGCAGGAGCUGGAGAUAGAGAACGAGAAGCUCAAGGAUGACUUGGCCUCCAUGCGGAGGAAGAUGGCGGAAGGCGACCCGGGAAGCCAGGAGCUACUGCGCCAGCUGGAGGCGAGCCAGGAGGAGCUCAGCCGCCGCCGGGACGAGUGCGUGCAGCUCCACGCGGUGCUGGCCAACCAGACGAGGGGCCUGAAGAGCGUCGCCAGCAACUACAGCAGCAACGUGGACAUCAUCAACGAGGACGGCGAGCUGAUGCUGGCCUUCGAGGCGCAGAAGAAGAUCAACAGGCAAUUGGAAGAUGAACUUCAGAAUGAGAAACAGCACUUCAAAGCGGAACUGGAAGAACUCCAGCUGGAAAUCACGCGGCUGAAGGAAGACAACGAGCGGCAACAGAAGAUCCUGUCUGUGAACCUGACCAAGAGCCCGCAGACCCAGACGGAGGCGUUCAUGCAGCACGAGAUCGCGAGGCUGACGUCGGAGAACCUGGACCUGCAGGAGAAGUGCGAUGGCUUGUCGGACCAGUGUCGGAAGCUCAAGAGGCAGCUGAAACUGCUGGCCAAGAAGCUGAAGGACGGGGGCGCCAUCCCGGAGGCGGACGGCACGGGCGAGAGCGUGCCGUCUCCGGCCACGACCGGCAGGGCGUCGACCUCCGGCCUGCCGGUGGUGCGGAAGAAGGAGCGAGAGUACAUGGGCAUGUUCGAGUACCGCAAAGAAGACGAGAGCGUCAUCGUGAUGCAUCUCAUCCACGACCUGAAGCCGCAGGUGGCGAUCACGCUGCUCCCGGGUCUCCCGGCGUACAUCCUCUUCAUGUGCAUAAGGCACACGGACUUCGUCAACGACGACGAGAAGGUUCGCUCGUUGCUCACCGCCACCAUAAACGCCAUCAAGAAGGUGAUCAAGAAGAAGCACCAGAACCUGGACACGUCCGUCCUCUGGCUCUCCAACACGCUGCGUCUCCUGCACAACCUCAAGCAGUACAGCGGGGACAAAACCUUCCAGGCGGAGAACACGCCCAAGCAGAACGAGCAGUGUCUGCACAACUUCGACCUGUCGGAGUACCGGCAGGUGUUGUCGGACAUCGCGGUGUGGAUCUACCAGGCCGUGAUACGUGCCAUGGAGGAGGCGGUGCAGCCGAUGAUCGUCCCGGCGGUGCUGGAGCACGAGGCCAUCCUGGGUCUGUCGGGCCAGAAGCCCAGCGGCCUGAGGGGCCGCUCCUCGUCGGUGACCCGGGACCUGGACUCGCCCAUCGACGUCGAGAAGGCCCUCGACACGUUGCUGCAAAAGCUCAAGAGCUUCCAUCGCUGCCUGAGUUUCCACGGUGUGGAUCCUGAGCUGAUCGUGCAGGUGUUCAGACAGAUGUUCUACUUCAUCUGUGCCAGCUCGCUGAACAACCUUCUGCUUCGCAAAGAUCUCUGCCAUUGGUCGAAGGGAAUGCAGAUUAGGUACAACCUGUCCCACCUCGAGCAGUGGGCGCGAGAGCAACACUUGCAGGACACCAAGGUGCCGGACAUGCUCCAGCCAAUCAUCCAAGCAGCUCAGCUUCUGCAAGCACGGAAGUCUGAUGAAGACGUGCAGAGUGUAUGUGACAUGUGCGACAGGCUGUCUAUGUUUCAGAUUAUCAAAAUUCUGAACUUGUACACACCUGCUGAUGACUUUGAGGAGCGCGUGCCCAUGACCUUCAUCCGCAAGAUCCAGGCUAAGCUGCAAGUGAGGGGAGAAUCGCAAGAACAGUCAACAUUGCUCAUGGAUACAAAAUUCAGCUUCCCUGUGCGGUUCCCGUUCAACCCGUCGAAGAUCCGCUUGGAGGACAUAGAGGUGCCUGAAGUGCUGAACCUGCCGAUGCUGAAGAAAGUGUAGUCGCGUCCACCGAGACUGGUGGACUGGCUUCUGGUCGAACCCCCACCGCCUUCGUGAGCAGCGAGGUACAAGAAGUCCUCGGUCCCUGAGUCUCCGGAUUCCCGUUUGUGGCCGAAACAUCAGCUCUGACUGCGUGCGUCAGUGUGACUCGUCAGUUGUAGCCCACUCACGUUAAUUACUGGUGCCAUCAUCUGGUACAAUAGUUUCAAUUAUUCCUCAAGUGUAUGAUACUAAUAUGUGUAACAUGUGUUUUUGCUGUUGAAACUUAGCAGUGAUGUAACAACUUUGUAUAGGUGCAAUUCUCAUAAAUACUUUUUUUUGUAAUUUUUUUUCCCAGCAAACUUAGAUGCAUAAUUUUCUAAAAAGAAAAUUUGCCAAUUACCUGUAAAAAAAAAAAAUGUUCAUGCAUAUUUUACAAUGCUCAGAUUGAGAAAUUGAGAUUUUGCUUGAAUUUAAUAAGAAUUUUUUUGAGAUUUUAUUUCAUACUUAGGUACAAGCAGUAUUCAAUCUUUAUUUUGUACAUUUUGUUUUGUUGCAAUUUUUGUGCAUACGAUAUGUCUCUUUGUGAACUGAAACCUUAAUGAGACUACUUUGACCUGUACAUUCCAUUAAAAGAAAUGUUCAAAGAUGUUACCACAACAUUCCAGUUGUUAAAUGUUAUGUGCCAUUCAGUGUAAAAUGGGCACCAAGAGAAUUUAUUGGUGUACCUGUUUCUUUGUACUGUAAUGCCUGUGCACAAAUGUACAAGUUUUAUAGUUACUGUAUUUGUAAAAUUAUGUCUUGCAUAUUUAUUUUAAAUUAUUCUUUCUUUUUUUUUUGUGUUUUUUCAUGUUUGUGAUUACGAUUAUUGAAGUGACUAGCUUUGGAGAAACUGCAAUGGUUUCUUUCCUUUUGAUUGUAAGUCAGUCUUAAAUACUUUAAAAAUAUAUAUAUCUAGAUAGUUUUUUAAUGUGUGAAAUACCAACUAUACCAAGGGAUUUAAGUGCUUAGUUCUUUAAAUUUUAUAGAUUAUUUUACAUGCACUAAAACAUGUGAAUAUUAAUAAGAAUACUUCAAUUUUGAAGUAAUGUAUUAACAUUUUAUUUUUAGUGGUUUUUUUUUUCCAGUUUCAGGAAACAUUUUGUGAAAUAGUUGAAAUUUAUUGGAGUAUAUAUUUUUUUUAUAUAUUUGUUAAGCUUUGUAUAUCAGAUUCUACCUCUUCAGUUUUAGUAAUGCAUGCUCAGUAAAACCUCUUGUGUGAUAAAACAUUUACAUUUGGUGAAAAUGGUGUGUGAAGCUCUCCAUUUUCUAAUUAGGACUUUAAAUUGUUCACUCACUGGUAAGUACGUGGGACAUAUAUUCACAUUUCCUUGCGUGACCUUGUUAUAUGAGAGAAAUUUAAACAGUAUUUUCUCAUUGCCAAUGAAGCUUACUCCAGUCAUUAUGAUACAAAGUAAGAACAUAUAAAAAUAGCUUUGAUUCUUCUAGUUUAUAAUGACAUUUGCUGCUUUUUUUUAAAUAUUCAUUUGGACAUGAAGACAAAUUUAACUAAUAAUUGAGGGUCAUGAAAGAGUUGAUUAUAGCGAGGGGAAAAUACCUUGUGAAGUAAUCAAUUUGAUCAAGGACUUAAAUUUGUUAUUCUCAAUUUUUCAUUUGGCAGUUCAUUAUAUAAAUGGUUUUACUGUGUAGUUUGAAAGAUUUUGCAAACUUAAGGAGAAAUUCUUGUAAUACUAAAAUGUGUGAAGUGAAAUGGUUAUAAAAUAUGUGUUUGGGUGUAGAAAACAAAAUGUAAUGAUUGUACUUAUGUGUGGUUAAGUUCUUCUUCAAAGAGUGUUUUAGGUAAUUUCCAUUUACAUCUUGGCUAGUCGUGCUUUCAUGGUGAAGAAAAUGUACUGAAGUUGAAGUACCAUUUUUAGUAUUUCUGUAAAACAAUAACAGCAUGUAUGUGUGCCAAGAUGAAACAUUUAAUUUUUUUGUAUAUUUUUAAAAGUUUUUUUUUAGCUUUUUGGUUAGCUUAUUGGUUAGCUCAUCUACAGAUCCCUAAGACCUUUUGUGCUUAUGUGGAUUGUUGCAACUUUGUUUAGCUCAUUUGCAUCUGAACCAGGUGUGUCAGUUUCAUGUUUAACAUCAUACUCCAUUUUAGUUAUUUCAUUUUCUUGUCACUAAACAGAAUUUCCUACCAGAUAUUUUAUAUUAUCCAAUAUCUAGGGACAUGAUUAUAUGGAUAGUUGCAAUAAGCACCAAAGUAACACAGUAAAACAUGUCAGUACAUCAUACAGUGCCAAAAUGAAAGUUAGUCAUGAAACCAAGCAUAAUUUAACCAAAACUUAGGUCACGAAAAAGGGUAUCUUUUAAUGUUUGACAUUCAUUUCCAUAAGACAUUCAUACCAAAGUGCGUAGCUCAUAACAAAUUUAUUUACUUUAUUGUGCAUCUCUUAUUUAAUAACUUUUAAGCUACAAACUUAUUACAAUUUUUUAAUUGUUAAAAUGCAACCAGACAUCACACUGUUUUGGGGUAAUAACUAGUUAAAAACAGAAUUCAUAAAAAAAAAAUGUUACCAUCUCUAAUAGUGGUAAUUAGUCAAGCCAGUCAAAUGCAAAUGACUUCACAGCUGAAAUAAACUUCAAGUUAAUAUUUGUUCAUAAUUUGUGACCCAACAAAAUGCAUAGAGCAAUGAAAUAACAAUCCUGGCAUCUUGAGACAAACUUGUUUAACUUGAUGUGCUUUCAUUUUGGCAUACUGUUAUUUAAAAUACUUUUUAUCUUGUACUUAAACCACUAGUCCAUUUUUUUUAUAUAAUGAAAAGGGUGUGUUACCCAUGUAGAUGGUGCUACUGUUGAUAUAUUUCAAUGGAAAUCAAAUUUACUCCUAACUUUAUUUAAGAAAUAAGUUAAUCCUUGAAUAUGUAGUUGUUUUGUUUUGUUUGUUGUGAAUGUAAUUAUACCCACAAAGUGUAUAUAAAAAUCAAAUCCAAGUUUAUCCUGUAACAUUUUAACUGUAAUUAUAGUUAUAAAUAUUCCAUGUACAUUAUGUAAUGAGUACGUACCUCAAGUGAAUGGAGAGGGAAAAAAAACUGUUGUGUGGUAGCCAUGUAAACAAAAGAUAAUAAUUUUGGAAUAGAAUAAUUUCUGCUUUAUAAAAAUAUUUUAAUGCAUACCUACAUAUUAUAUUUCUAAGAAUUCCCUGCAAUACAUGAAGCCAUUCCACAAUUGUAAACAUGCACAAAAGUAUUCCAGCUUGUGAAAAAUUUGUAUUUUAAUGAUUAAAAAAUAAAUAGUAUUAUUUAAAAACUUGGAUUGGUUAAGAGUUUGAAGAUCGUUGAGUAUUUGAUAUGGCAGUCAGUAUUUUAGUGUCGUUUUUCAAACCUGUGGUUUAUUUUCAGUGCUGAUUUUUGUUAUAAUAAUAGAUACUCAUUGUAAAAAAAUUUUAACCUGAGUUUUAAGGUUUUUUUUUAAUUAAGUGAUAUAAAACAUUCCUAAUAGCUUUUAGAAAGCUGUGAUAAAGUGAGCCUAAAUGACACUGCUAUAGUGAACAGAGUUAUAUGAAUAUAAUGUGCAUUGUAUAUCGGCUUUUCUGUUGUGUGUUAAAAGGUUAUAUUUUUUUAAUUAUGUUGAUUGUGUGUAUGUGUGGAAAUUACUGGAACAACAGUUCUGUUGUUGGAAAAAUAACCAGAUGCUGGAGCAUUGUUCUGUAAGCAAAGAUGUGGCUGGUGAUUGUAACUUGUGUGCGUUCCAUCUGCAGCGACGGCCUGUUGGAUUCGUAGCUGUUUAACAUGCUGGUCAUCAUGUACCAUUUCGUUCAUUUCUUCAGGAGUGGAAGUGGUUUUCUGGAUGAUACUGUCACAGCCAGAAUUACGCGUUUGCUUUUUAUCCCCCAAAAAGCCACAUCUUUUCUUUGUAGUUGCACAGCCACUGUUUGAAUGUAGAGGGCCUACCUCCCUUGGAAUCACAAAUAAAAACUUAUUUCUGUUAGAAA